AUGUAUAACAGCAUGGAUAAACUAAAGAAGGCUCUAAGUGGCGACGACGAAGAAGAAGACAGAGGAAUCGUAACACAAAUCAGUGAUGCCUCCACCCUGAGCUGGUCGACCAGGAUCAAAGGUUUUGCCAUCUGUUUCAUCCUGGGGGUUGUUCUCUCCAUCCUGGGAAGUUGUUUGUUGUUUCUACCAAAUGGCUUAGUGAUCUUUGGUGUGCUCUACACGUUUGGAAACAUAUUGUCUUUAUCAAGCACUUGCUUCUUGAUGGGGCCCUGUAACCAGCUAACGAAGAUGUUCGCCAGGACAAGAAUUAUAGCCACAAUUUUGGUCUUUGUAAUGUUAAUAUUGACCUUAGUGUGUGCUUUUGCAGUAAAGAACGCUCCACUGACAAUUGUUUGCUGCAUCCUUCAAUUCCUGGCUCUCACCUGGUACUCCCUGUCAUAUAUUCCUUUUGCAAGAGAUGCAGUCACGAAGUGUUUUUCUUCCUGUUUGGAUUAG